UAAGAAGAGAUCGGUGCGCACUGCGCCUGUCGAUAGUAUUUUGUCUAGUUGCGUCAUGGAGGAAUACGCGAGGGAGCCGUGCCCAUGGCGCAUUGUGGACGACUGUGGGGGUGCCUUCGCCAUGGGGGUCAUUGGUGGCGGGCUCUUCCAGGCAGUUAAAGGCUUUAGGAAUGCUCCAAGUGGCAUCUCACGCCGCAUGACUGGCAGUUUGGUGGCUGUGAAGCAGCGCGCCCCCAUCGUUGGCGGACAGUUUGCCGUGUGGGGGGGACUCUUCUCUACCAUAGAUUGCUCACUGGUGUACCUGCGGAAGAAGGAGGACCCGUGGAACUCUAUCAUCUCAGGCGCGGCAACAGGUGGCAUCUUGGCAGCAAGAAGUGGUGUUGCAGCGAUGACGGGCAGUGCAGUGAUUGGUGGCAUGCUGCUCGCCAUGAUUGAGGGUGUUGGCAUCCUACUGACACGCUUUACGUCUGACCAGUUCAAGCCACAGGCCCCUGGGGAGAUGUCUGACCCCUCGGUGCUGGGGCCUUCAGUAGUUCUAAAUCCUGAGGCAAACUAUCAGUAGCCAGUUUAAUUUUUGUUAUUAGAUAUCAGCUUAUUGUCCUGAAAGGAAAGUGGGCACACAGAUUUUAUGACAUAAUUUCUGAAACGUGUUUUGUAUGAUAUUAUGGUGUGCUGUUAUAUGUUUAUCCCUAGAACCAUUUAUACAAGCAUGCACUUCUAUCAAAUUUAAAUGCUGAAAGAAACAUAACUAAUAAUAUUGCUCUGGUUUCAUCAGAAACAUUAUCUUCACACAGUCAGUCAGGUAGGUCAGGGCACCAGGAUAGCACCAAGUUCAAGCUCAGGGGUUGGAGGUGGAUGCUCUUGUAGGUAUGAACCAGCCAUGAGCACAGCUUCCUUUCCUUGCCUUGCCCAGGGGUUGGAGGAGAACAGAUCACUACUUUUUGUGUGUGUCAGGGGAGUACAGUGGAUAGCCUGGGCUCUGCUAAAGAACCACAGUACGAGUGUUAGUCUGCAGCACGGACAGGUUACAAAAUUGUGUUAAAGGUGAACAUGACAAAACUAAAGAACAUGAUUUUUGAUAGAAGUGUGUGGUGGCAUAUGUGAGUUUAUAAGGAAUUUGAAUAGAGGAGAAGCAAACAUACAAAUCAAUCCAGCUUUGUUCAGGAAAAUACAUCAGUUCAAGAAGUCUCUCCAAUAUAGAACUGUUCGGGCUUUAUAUAUGUAUGUUUAUAUUAGAAACUGGAGUAUUGCAUCAGAAUCCUCAGCAUCAUUAUUCUGUUAGGUAUGCAUCAGAUGUGUUCCUGUAACAAUGGUGUACCAAACAGUGAGGCCCCAGGAUGGAAAACAAAUGGAGCUGCUGAAGCAAACAAGCCACCCAGUGCACAACACAUCUGCUUUCAGAACCACAGAAACACUAGAUUGAUGCUGUGUAGUCCAUUGCUGUCUCAUCUACAAGCACUCAUUCAGUAUCUGAGAGCUUGGGUGAAGAGAAUAUAUUAGGAUGUAACUUUUUAAACCUUCACAUUUACAAGAUGCAACACUCCCUGAUUGCCUCGCUGGCUCACUUGAGGUGGGGACUGGUACCUCAUGUACAGGAUGAAGGACACCUGUAUUAAAGGGGAAGAGGAGUACAAAGCCGACACUUUUUUCACUCGGCUCUAAAUCCAAUACAGGCGUUAAACAUUACCAACCUCUCAGGGAAUGUGAUGAUGCAACCGAUCUCCCUUUGCAGCAUCCCCUGAGGAGGAUGACAAUGUACAGUGUUAAUUCUGUAAAUAUGAGUGUGUGAGGGAAUGUAUGGAAGAAUUGUAUGUAUCAUGCUCGCUCUGUAGCUGAUGUGUAUGCCAUUAAUAUAUCUACAUAAGUCGUUUUUUA